AUGCCUCACACAAGCAAGGCCAACAAAGCAUCAAACUCCAGCAAGGAGGACCGGAUCAGCACACUGCCGGACGAUGUGCUCCACCAUGUACUUGGCUUCCUGCAGGCGGCCGAGGCGGUGCACACCAGCGUGCUCGCCCGGCGCUGGCGCUAUCUUUGGAAAUCCAUGCGCUGUCUUCGCGUCAACUCCAUUGGGAGGUGGGAGGAGGGCAACGGCGCUUCCCUUAGCAACUUUAUGAACUGCCUGCUGCUCCUCCGUGACCCCGGCUCGACUCUAGAUGAGGUCGAGAUCAAGUAUGAUAAUUUGGAAGACGAAACUAAAUGGAUCAGCAUUUGGAUCCGUCAUGCUUUGUCGUGCCAAGCUCAGGUGCUCACUGUCAAGCCCGAUUCUUACAUGCAUAUCUGUUUGGAUGGGCCUCCUCUGGUCUCCCGGCAAUUGAGAAGAUUGGAGUUUUCAAAUGUGAAUCUGAAACACAACUUCCUGGAUUUUUCAAGCUGUACAGCGUUGGAGGAUCUAAAGAUAAAAGGCAGUGCCUUAGAGACUAGUAGGAUCUUGUCCCCGUCUUUAAAGCAUAUGAGCAUCAAACAAUGUGCUUUCAGGCAUGAUGGCAGGAUCCGUAUUUCUGUCCCAAAUCUCGUGUCGCUGCAACUCAUAUCAUUUGUAGGUAGAACACCAUUGCUUGAAAGCAUGCUAUCAUUAGAAACCGCAGUUGUCAUUCCCCGCAACUACUCGGAUGACUUCUGUCGUGAAGGUGUUGCUGGGGAGUGUUGUGGUACUUGUGCAGAUUGUUGUGGUAAUGAUGACCACAAUGGUGGCUGCGUACUUCUUGGAGGUCUGUCUUGUGCCACAAAUUUGGAGUUGAUAGCUUAUUUGGGAAUGCUUAUUUUCAGAAGGGAUUUGCGAUGGUGCCCUACAUUUAGUAAAUUGAAGACUUUGUUGCUGAAUGAAUGGUGUGUUCAAAUCAACCUUCAUGCGCUAGUUUGUAUGCUUGAACAUUCGCCGGUUCUUGAGAAUCUAAUUCUUCAACUGCGCAAGCAAGAAGAAACUGCUCUUGCAUUGGAAGUGGAAGGAAAUAAUAGUUUGAUUCACAAACCAGCUGCUAUAUCAGGAUGCCUAAAGAUUAUUAAAGUCAAAUUUGAUGAGAUUGAUGACAGAGUUUGCAAAGUUUUGAAGUUCUUGAGUAUACUUGGCACAGAAAUUAUAAUCCAAAGGACUACCGAUUGUUGGAGAUACUGAUCCAGUUUCAAGAGGCAAGGGGAACUUUGGGGUGCUGAUGCAUGUACCAUCAGGUGCCCAUUCAGUUUCAAGAGGUGGCGAGGAACUUGUGCUGUUGAUGAAUUUACCAACCUGUGACCAACUUCAGGAAUGCAAGGCUGAAGCUUGUUGAUGUCUCUCUUCUGUGGGAAUCCUAUAAUUUGAAACUCAAACCUAUUCAGCUGUCUGGACUGAUUACUAUGCUUAGUGUAUUUUUAUUAAUCCUAAAUUUGAAGAGAAAAAUAUCAUCUUAGUUUGGGCUGUUGAGGGAGGUACCAUCCCGUGACAAUU